UAGACUCAGUCCUCAGAUCCACACUCACCUGGCGGCAAAGAAAAGAAAACUCAAGAAACAAACCAAUUAAUGAUUGGCAAACAGACAGAAAGACAGAUACAAUAGGCCAAUGUUUAACCAAGGCAAGGACAUUACUGGCUGCUGCUGCUAAAGAAGUAGGAACAAUACUAAGGAAAUACAAUAUAAGACCCGGGGACUGGAGGAAGGAAGGACUAGGAGACCAAACUUGGACUGUGACUUGAUGGUUGCUUGAAGUUCCUUAAGCCUCAAGCCAUAAUGCCAAUCCCCGGGGUAUAUCAAAAAGUGGCAGAGGGGCAGCAGUCCCAGAGAAAAACUGGGACGGUAGAGAACCCCAAAAAGUUCAAAGGACAAGACUUUAACAGCAUACGGGACCUGUGCAUCAGCAGAAAGCAGCUGUUUGAGGAUGACAUCUUCCCGGCCAACCUCUAUUCCAUCGGAGAGCGUUUACUAUCUCAGGACAAACUGCUGAGCAUCAAAUGGAAAAGGCCAACCGAGCUUCAGAGAGACGCCAGGUUCCUGGUAGAUGGGGCCAGCAUAUUUGACAUUAUGCAAGGAGAAAUAGGAGACUGUUGGCUUCUCUCUGCUGUUGGGGCUUUAACUUUGCAUCGAAAAUUUCUGGAAAAUGUUGUUCCCAAAGAUCAGGAGUUCACGUCCAAGUACGCUGGAAUCUUUCAUUUCAGGUUCUGGCAGUAUGGAGAAUGGGUGGAUGUGGUUGUCGAUGAUCGGCUGCCGAUGCUUAAUGGAAAAUACUUGUCUGUGCAACCACGUGUCAGCCAUGAGUUUUGGCCUUCCCUAUUAGAGAAAGCAUAUGCUAAGCUGCGAGGGUCGUACCAGAACCUGCACUGGGGAUUCAUCUCAGAGGCACUGGUGGAUUUUACAGGAGGGGUGCAAAUGGAUUUUAACCUAUCCAAACCCCCAUCGGAUCUGAGAGACAUUGUUUUAGCAGCUGCACAAUCAGGAUCUCUUAUGGGAUGUACAACACCAGGCGACCUCUAUACUGGGAACAUUGAGCUGGAGAAUGGCCUCGUCAAGGGUCAUGCCUACACCGUGACUAACGGCACCCAGAUUGAAUACAACAACAGAGUAGAAGACAUUGUUCAGGUUUGGAAUCCAUGGGGCAAAGGAGAAUGGAACGGACGCUGGAGCGAUGGAUCACCUCAAUGGGACAGAGUCCGGCCGGAAAUAAGGAAAAAACUGAAUGUUGACAGGAAUGACGGCGAAUUUUGGAUGUCCUGCAAAGAUUUCGUGCAAUAUUUUGCACAAGUGAAUAUCUGUAACCACAUGCCAAGCUACUUGGAUUUUGGAAACCCACAGUGUGUCUGGGAGAUCACCAGCUACUACAACCAGUGGGUGAGAGGCAGCAGCGCCGGAGGCUGUAACUCCGCAGAGGAUAUGUGGAAAAAUCCCCAGUACGUGAUCACAGUGCCAGAGUCCCAAGGAACAAAGAGGGGGUACAAUGUGACCGUGGCUCUUAUGCAAAGUCUUAGCAAUGAAAGGAAAUACAGUCCUCGAUGGCUACCUAUUGGCUUUGCCUUCUGUAAGGUUGUAGCCAAGGGCGUUAAAAGUGGGUCACAACAAAAAUUUUCCUGGCAGCAGGUAGCAGAAACCAUCAACUCAGGACUAGAACAGGCCAGAGAAGUGACCAGAUCUUUCAUGGCUCCACCUGGCACCUACGUCAUUCUACCCUUCACCCAAAACAAGGGACAAGAGUCUGAGUUCCUGCUAAGAAUCUUUACGAAGACAUCACAGAUUGCUCAAUCUCCAGACACCGGAACAACACCGAGUGAAAUGACCCGAGAACUCAGCACCAUCAGCCCCUCGUCUCAAUCUGAAAACAGCAGAAGAGUCCAAAGGAAUGGAAACCAAGCGCUGUACCCCAACGAUGCUUCAUUAAGUGACUUUGGCUCCAGGCUCAGCAUAAAUGCACAGAAUCAGAAGGUUGUUUUAAAAAGAUAUCAAGAUGGCAACUACGAGAGUAUUUUUGCUCGUUAUGCAAACCAGAAUUCCGAGAUGUACGGGGAGCACCUGCAGAUGCUUCUGAACGAUGUGGUGACCACAGAUCAAACCUUUGUAGCCGACAGAGGAGAAUUCAGCCUGGACUCCUGCCGAGGGAUCCUAAUGCUGAUGGAUCUGAACGCCAACGGAAAACUGAGCCUCAGUGAAUUUGGCCGCCUAUGGAAACGGCUGAAUAUGUGUAAGGAUCUAUUUCGCUCCAUUGAUGUGAACCAGACGGGAUACCUUGAUGGAUUUGCCUUGGCAAGAGCCGUUCAAGAAGCAGGUCUGCUGGUUAGUGACGCGGUACUGAACAUCAUGCUCCUGAGAUACGCAAACUACGCACAGAAGCUGAGCUUUGCGGACUUUGUCUGCUGUAUGAUCCGACUGGAGACUGUGACAAAAGUCUUCAAGAACUUAACAAAGGAUGGAGCGGGAGUAUACCUGAGCGCAGAGGAGUGGAUGCAGAUUAUUAUGUCCAGCUGACCAAGGAGGCAGGAGAUGAGUAUCCUCUGUGAAAGUGUCUGACUGAUCUGCACAGCUCUUUGAUUCUUUAUGCUUGAGACUUACGAUGUCUUGCUGUUUACAUUUCUUUGUUCCCUGUACAAUGUGUGGUAAAUGUAUUUUAUCUAAUGUGAAUGUCCGGAGCUCUUAAGCCAACUGAUCUCUUAUAUCUGUGAAGUUUCAUGUAGAUAAUUUCUUAAUUGUUAAAUUAAA